GUGAUGCUCUACUGUGGAUGUAUGGAAGGCAUACGACACACCGUCACUCAGUUGUCCAUCAGAAAACGGAUAAAACAGCAGAGUUAAAACGCAUGACAUCAUCUGUCUUCACCUUUUUUUUACCCCUCCUGCUGUUCUUCAAUUGGCACACGUUCACUGGAAGCUGUCAGUUUGCUUACAUGUCGCUCCAAUCCUCUAUUAUCUCUCUGGCUCGCGCGCUCAUCCCUGCUCUCUCUCUCUUCAACACACACACACACACCCAUCUGGAGGCGGAGUUGGAGUCUCACAAUCUCCACACGCUUAACACACUCAUCCACACUGUCGCUCUCUCUGAACACUGUCUUGCAGCAGCGAGAACCGGCUCCUUCCAUUCAGCCGCGCCGACAUGAGCAAGACAGAGGGGGUCGGAACCAAAGGGGGAGAGGAGGAGGCUAGUUAGGGGACAGCGAGUGAAGAUAAUCGGGGGUUCUUCUGUUUAAAUGCCUGACACUCUCUGUUUGCAUCAUGCUGUACUUCCAGCUGGUGAUCAUGGCCGGUACCGUCAUGCUGGCAUACUACUUCGAGUACACCGAUACCUUCACGGUCCACGUGCAGGGCUUCUUUUGCUAUGACACCGCCUACACCAAACCCUACCUGGGACCAGAGGACAGAAGCGCCGUCCCGCCGAUACUUCUGUAUGCAGUGGUAGCAGGACUACCCACCCUGCUGAUCACAGUCACAGAGACCGUGCUGUUCCUGGUCCAGUACACAUCCAAAGAGUUUGACCGCUCAGAAAAAACUGUCGCCACGGGAGACUGCUGUUAUCUCAACCCUCUGGUGCGCAGGACCUUCCGCUUCCUCGGAGUCUACACCUUCGGUCUCUUCACCGUCGACAUCUUUGUCAAUGCUGGCCAAGUGGUGACUGGGAAUCUGGCCCCGUAUUUUCUUACUGUCUGCAAGCCAAACUACACGGCUCUCGGCUGUCAGCAGGCGCUACGCUACAUCAGCCAUCAGGAGGCGUGUACCGGAAACCAGGACGACAUUCUCCGUGCCCGCAAGACCUUCCCGUCCAAGGAAGCAGCUCUGAGUGUGUACGCCGCGCUCUACCUGGCUAUGUACGUGACGUGCACGGUCCAGGCGAAGGGCACGCGGUUGGCCAAGCCGGUGCUGUCACUGGGGCUCAUGUGUCUGGCCUUCCUCACUGGACUCAACCGUGUGGCGGAGUACCGGAAUCACUGGUCCGACGUGAUCGCCGGAUACAUCAUCGGGACUGCCAUCGCCACUUUUCUGGUCGUGUGCGUCGUCCACAACUUUAAGGGAAAGUUGUUGCUGAGUGACGAUUCUUCGUUAGACCAGCAGCCCCCCACCGGAAUACUGGGCAUGAGCCGAGUGGAGAGUCCACUGGAGAAGUACAUCGCCUCCCAGGAGACGGAGGAUAGCGAUGAAGAGUCUGUCUCCAUUAAGGACCGCCUCCUGGCCUUUCUGAACUGGCUGCAGGGACUCGACUGGCUCCAGCGGCUCACAAACAGAAGGCAAACACACAACAAGAGGCACUUUUCUUCUUCUCCUCCGAUUCUCUGGACAGUCGUCUCACGCUCUCUUCCAUUGAUCUAAAUGUGCCAAAGUAAAUCCGACGCUCUCAAAGGUCAGGAGGAUAAAGGCAGUUCAAUCCAUGCUUUCAAAGAAAAGAACAAAGCAAAACACAGCAUUUGUUUUCCCGUGUGUUCACCUGCCCACAGAACCAAAACGGUGAUUUCCUUAUUUCCUCCUACUCACCAGGAAACUAGCAUUGGGAGAAGUUGGCAGUAGUUUGAAGAAACAUAUGUAGUUUGUAAAACUACGGGUAGAACAGCAACUUUCAAGUCAUUUAACUCAGCGUACAUCAAUGUAUAUUGCAUGUAGAACUUAACACCAUAGUAGCCGACAACAACAAAGAUCCCUUGCGCAUGUAGUUUGUAUCUGUACUCCAUCUGUAUCCGACGUUAUUGGCUCAAAUCUUGCCACUGUUUAUGAUUUCUGGAACAUAUUUCAUGCCAUGAAAGAAAGAAGACAGAUCAUGUGUAGUUUAACUAUAGAAAGUAGUCGAAUGAAGUAAUGUAGCAUAAACAUUUGUAGUUUAGCUUUGUAGUUGAAGUAUAUGUAGUUAAAGUCUCCUCAACACUGCAGGACACAUCAUCAACAAAGUCGCUUUCCUCGCAGUGUUCAAGUGUUUUUCAAACCAAGUGGGUCGAUGAGACUUCGUGAAACACUGUCCUCAUUUUCGGAGCCCACCAGGUGGCGCUGUCUAAAAUCUUUGGAAUUGAACGACCAUUCUAAUGAAGCCACACAUCAGUUUUAAACCAAGAGCGCCACCUACUGAGUUCUGAAAUUGAGGACCGUGUUUCAUGAAGCCCUGUCAGCCCGGCAACGUUUGUUUCUGGUUUAUUGUGAGACACAGAUGUUGGAUUUGAGGCUUCAAAUCAAUCAAAAACUAAAAUAAAAUAACAAAAAUAGGCAGAAGUUGGAGGCUCGCAUCAGCUGGUUUCAGUUUGGCAUGACAGGCUGUUGUCAGAUGGAUUUGACCUCAAUCCUACAAACCCUCUUCAACCAAUGAAAAACCUCCAGACGGAGGUGAUGUUUCCAAAAGGAACAGCUCUUCUCUUGGUCUCUGACGGUUGACCAAGCUCCUCUCAGGACCUUUAAGGUCAAUGCUGGCCUCUUGACUUAAGACAGUCUCUUCACAUGAUGACCCUUUGUUCAACCAAAAAACUUUUAAUGCGCACGAUACUACCACAACACUCCUGAGCCAGCGUAACAUCCAGAGGAGGCCCAGCUGUUUGUGCCUUCAGGAGCAAAAUGACUGGAAGAGAGUUUCACUGGAGACUGAAGUCAGCUACAACAGCGCUGGCAUCCGAUGAGCUGGCUCCACUGAGGAGGAGCAAAUGUUUUCAGAGGCUGAUGGCGCCGACUGUCCGGAGAAUUUGGCGAGUGUGAUGUGAUUGCUUUCCCUGGUCUGCUAUAAAAGAGACAAAUCUGCGUGUCAUUUCCAACAUUGUGUUCCUCUCCAGGCUGCGUUUCCUCUCUAAUUAAAACUCGACAUAUUUAGCCGCGCUAACGACGCGUCGGAUCAGCCGCUCCAGCUGUCGGAGGAGGAGGACGGGGGCCGUCCUGACCCAUCCAGAGCAGAAAAUCUCACUCUGGCCCUCAGAUACCACAGGCUCGGUGGGAAAUUGCCUGCUCUAAAAAUAUCCCAGCCUAAAGAUUUGCGGGAGCUAAACACGCCACACUGACUCAAGCCCGGGCAGAAACCAGCCCUCAAGAAUAAAGAAAAAAAAAAAAAAAGAAUUUAGCUGCUUUGAAUAUAUUUUUGUCUGUCACUGAAAAUAUGCUGCAGAACUGCAGCGCGAUCGAGACAACGGCUCUUUGAUCGUUUAAUCUCCCUGACUGGACUACGUCUUUGAGCUCUGGUGUCUCAACCAAUGGCUUGAUGUUUCAUCCUGCUCUGAGGUGGGUGACUGCAAGUGAAACACAUAUUUCGCUCUAGCAUUUAUAGUAUAUGUGGCUCAUUGGUGAAUCUUUUCGUGAUGAUAGAAGAGGCAUCAUGAAACAGUAUCGCAGGCUCGAUGAAACAGUGUCCUCAUUUUCCGAGGCCGCUAGAUGGCGCUCUUGGUUUAGAAAUGAUGUGAGGUUACAUUGAAUGAGUUGUUCAAGUUCAAACAUUUAGCAGCAGACAGCGCCAUCUGGUGGCCUCUGAAAAUCAGGACAAUGCUUCAUGAAACCUCAUUGACCCAUCAUGUGAAAUACGAAAAGAUAUUCCUAAAAACGAGCUCAUUUCAUGAGCUUGCUCAUAAGUGACUGCUGCGCAGAUACAGACUCUUUUUUUUUCAUCAUGUCUGCUCUACUUCCUGUUUGAGAUGAGUAGCAGCAUUUCAUUGGUCGAAGUUCGCUCCGGAUGUUAUGGCGGACUCGACCCCGAUGUGACAUGCGCGGAACAUGCUAGUCCAGUUGUGUCACAUUAAUAAUGGAGAUGGUGAAAAAUUAUUUAGCCGAAAAAAGACUCAUUCAGACAUUCAGCAGCAGGAACUGAGGUGAGCAGGGGAAACUGCCCGAGGUGUUUUGUUUUGGAGCAACUUGACAAAAGAUUGAGGUCCUCAACUACAUUAACUGCACUUGACAGUUUAGUUUGAAUAAUGGAGACGUUGGUGAGUCGCUGACAUAGCGUCUUUUUCUGUGGUUGAAUUAGUCAACAGAGCUCAGGACAGCGCCCCCAGAUGGCCAGAGUGAGAACUGAAAUAAAUAAACGGAAAUAAAUCUACUCUUCACAUCUAUCCUUAUAUCAUACCUAGAUUUCGAGACUCUGCUGUGGGAAGUAAGGAAUUAUUUUAGGAAAUAUUUUUGCCACCGUGUCAAAAAAAUGCAACAAUGCAAAAUAAAAGAAACAAAAUAAAAAUAAUAAUUAAAAAAGAAAUAAUUUAAAGAAAAAAAUCACCAAUAUUUAUGUUUUCAACACUGACUUCAUGAGCAGCACAGGUUUGCCUCAGUCUUCAAUGAUGAAAACAGCCACAAUAAAAACAUCAACGCCUCAAAAGCCGACAGAAACGGAAACAAGGAGUCAGAUAAACACAUUCAUGGAAGAAAUGUGAGCAAAUAAAGCUGGUAAAUCUUGCUGCGUGGAGCUUAGUCUUGUCUAAUCUAAAACCGCUGAACACACAGUCAAUAAAAACGUUGAAGUGAAACAAGAUAAACCCAAGAAACCCUCUUAAACAUUUGAGGGCUGACGCUUUAACAGUGGACUGUUUGUGCUGUAAACAAAAGAGUUCAUGCAGCUCAGCCGAGGCCAGUAGCACUGACCGUUAUCUCCAGGUGAACUGUUAAAAAAGUGAUAAAAACAGGCUCUUGAACUGACGCUGGAGCGCCUUCUUUCAGGUAACAUUCGCUCUUUGUCUGUCCCGCGGCUGAUGCAUGAGAGAACAGACUGUCUGAACAUAGACCUGAAGCCAGUCUCUGGAAGCAGGACCUGGGUUUGUGUGUGGUUUUGCAGUGCUCUGCUUCUACUUGUGUGAGGGUCACAUGACUUCCGCGCCCUGAUCGUGCCCCGCUC